CUCUGUGUGUCUCGGUUUUCUCUUCCACGAUGGACAUAACAGGGGAAUUAACAGGGAUCUUCAUACUGAUCUGCUGCUUAUUCAUCUAUUCAACAUGGAACACAAUGCACAUGAGACCUAACCUCCCUCCAGGUCCUACACCUCUGCCGCUUAUUGGAACUUUGCUGCACAUUAAAUACGGUGAGCUAGUGGGCUCAUUAAUGAAGCUGUGGAAGCAAUAUGGUCCAGUCUACACUUUGUACUUUGGUUCUCGUCCCGUGGUUGUCAUAUGUGGAUAUGAAGCGGUGAAGGAAGCUCUGGUAGAAAAAGCAGAAGAGUUUGGCGCUCGUGGUCCUGUACACCACAUUGAGAAAUUCAGCCAAGGCUAUGGGCUGAGUCUCAGCAACGGGGAAAGGUGGAGAAUCAUACGGACCUUCACGUUAAGAACACUGAAGAGUUUUGGGUUUGGAAAUAAGAAUAUUGAAGGGAAGAUACAAGAGGAAGCAUUGUGUUUGGUGGAAGAAUUCCGUAAGUUUCAAGAUGUUCCAUUAGCUCCAGAUAAUCUGCUUAAGAUUUCCUUCGCCAAUGUUCUCUGUUCUAUCAUAUUUGGAGAUCGCUUUGAUUAUGAAGAUGAGAAGUUUUCUAAACUCCUGGACAUUGUCAGAGAGGCGUUCAGUGUUGCGAGUUCUACAUGGGGACAGCUGCAUAGCAUUCUUCCUACCCUUAUGAAAUACAUUCCUGGACCUCACCACAAGACAACGCUGCUAUCUGAGCAACUUGCUGAAAAUAUAUUUGAGAAAGUGAAGUCCAGCCAAGAGACUCUGGAUCCCAGCAUUUCGAGGCACUUUAUUGACAGCUUCCUUAUUAAAAUGGAACAGGAAAAGGAUAACCCCAACACCGAAUUUACCAUACGAAAUCUCCUAGUUACCACCAAUGACUUAUUCAUGGCAGGAAUCGAGUCUUUGACUAUCACUUUUCGGUAUAGCCUUCUCAUCGUGCUGAAUUACCCAGAGAUACAAGCCAAACUCCAUGAUGAAAUUGACCAAGUGAUCGGACGGGAACGGGUCCCAAAAUUUGAAGACCGGUUACAUAUGCCGUUUACACAGGCUGUGUUGAGUGAGGUGCAGAGAUUCUGUGAUGUGGUACCCCUAAAUGUUCCUCACAUGAUGACCAAAGACACAGAAUUUAGAGGAUAUGUGAUACCUAAGGGUACAGAAAUCUAUCCUCUGCUCUGUACUGUCCAUCAUGACCCGACGCAGUUCACCACUCCGUAUAAAUUUAAUCCCAACCACUUCUUGGAUGACAGUGGCAAGUUCCGAAAGAACGAUGCUUUGAUGCCAUUCUCUGCAGGCAAACGUGGCUGCCCAGGAGAGAGCUUAGCCCGAAUGGAACUUUUUAUCUUCCUCACAAUCAUCCUGCAGAAGUUCACACUGACUUCCCAGACUGAAUUCACCGAGUCUGACAUUGCUCCACAAAUGGCUGGAUUCUUAAACUCUCCCCUCCACUAUGAACUGUCAUUCAUUCCACGCUAGUCCUAAAGUGUAUGCCGGAUAAAGUCUAUACAGUAUAUAGUAUGUGGACUAUAAGGUUAUCUGAAGCUACUCAUGAAAUAUUAUAAUUAAGAGGUUACUAAUUAUUGGGGGCCACUUGUGACAUAUACGUUGGAUAAAGAGCCUUCACCAAGGCGUCCAACUAUAAAGUGUCUUCUUCAUGGUGUCCUGUAAAUAAUUGCAGAGAACUGGGGGUUCCACCACUUUUUUGUCCAAUAGAUCAUAUAAAAUUGAAUGGGACAGACCAGGUGGGAAGUAACAUACCAAAAGCAGAACGUAAUUUGACAGCUUGAUGGGGUUCAGACUGUGUAAAUGGCAUGUGCUAAUAUCUCUUCUGUUGACAACUUAAGGGACAUCUUCACUUUUAUUGAAGUUGUCCUUUAAAUGUAUCCCCUCCCUCCUCAGUAUUGCUCACUUAUUAUCUUCAGCCAAACUCCUGAGUACUUUAGUGUGCAACCUUCUCCUUCACUGCACAGCCUUUGUAAGAUAAAUAUCCUGACCAGGUCAUGUGCCUACUCAGGGCUGGUUCAAGGAUUUUUGACACCCUAGGCCAGUGAAUGGUGAACCUUGGCACCCCAGAUGUUUUGGAACUACA